AUGUCGAAAAGAGCUUUGGAAGAAGGAUAUAAAAGACUGGAUGUGGAUAAAAAAGUCAAAAGUAUGGCCAGCAAAGCGUUUCGAUUGAAGAGAACCCAAGAUUAUGAAGGCUCGUUUCCGGUAUAUAAACAACCUGAGGAAGUGACAUCGUACAGCAUAGAUGGUGAACGUCGUGUGUGGUUUGAUAAUCGAGAAAUGAAAUACUACUACCCACCUACCGGCAAGGAUUUGAACCAUGGCUACAAAGACAUGGUGCAACGCAAUGACACCAUUUCAGAACAUUUAGAUACGUUAUUGGAUGCACUUACCCAUGUUCGAAACCAAACCGAAGACAAGGAAAAAACCACUGCCGAUUUUAUUACUUGGCGUGGUAUUAUGACCAAGCUUCUGUGUACACCUUAUUCUAGAAAGGAAGGAUGGGAACUUCGCGCUACAAGAUACAAUGGAUCGAUUUAUAUUGAAGAGCAAACCACAGCGGAGAAAAGACAGGAAGAAGACAAAGCGUCCGAUCGACAACGGUUAAUGAGCUAUUGGGGAUAUCGAUUCGAGACGCUUUCGACGCUAUCCAAAGCACCUCAUCAAGUCACGAAAGGCGAUCCGGAAUUACAGCAGCGGCUUGUCGAUAGUGCGAAUACAAAUAUUCAAUACUGUAUCGUGGUUAAAACAAGAUUGGGCAAGAAUUCGAUUCUGAUGGGAGCAGAAGUGGAUUGUUGUCGAGACGUGAAACCAACGGACCCGUUGGCACAACCAAGUAAUUACAUUGAGCUGAAAACUUCAAGGGUUAUCCAAACCGACCGAAACCAGUAUUCGUUUGACCGAUAUAAGUUGUUAAAGUUUUGGGCCCAGUCCUUUCUUGUGGGAGUGCCUAGAGUCAUCUGUGGCUUUAGAGAUGAUGAUGGACAGAUAGUAGACGUCGUACAGUACAAGACGUUGGAAAUACCGCGUCAAGUGCGCGAGAAACCCAACACCUGGGUAAGUAGGUGUACCUUAACUUCUUUUGUAUAUACUCAUUGCAUAAAUUGUAGAAUCCAUCGGUUUGUUUGA